GGCAGUUCUUCGUCGGCAAGGAAAGGCUCGUAAGAUUCUAGAGUAUCAAUGGCCUUGCUCACUCUCUAGCUUUGCUUCUAUGAGGCUCUCCCCGAAUUUGUGGCGUCCGAGUGAGGAAAAGGAAACCCAUGUCCGCCCUCGACCUGAGACAUGUACCGGCGUCUUGGCACUGAUGCGGACCUCCAGGGCUCCAUCUCCCAGCACUCCGCCUUUGUGCCAGGAACCACACCACACUGCUUGCUCGCCUCUGGAACCCAGGAACAACCCGACGGACAUUUCCGGAGCCCCCGAAUCGCCCAUGAUACCCUCCCGUCUGCUAGGCCGACCGUAACCCCCGGCGCACCUGCGCGCGACUGCGCAACAACUACGUUUCGCAAUCUUCAAAGAUCCCACAGAUGCAGCUCCCCAAGCUCACGCCUCUACAAUCGAGGCUACUCGCCUCCGCCGUUGCGACGUGUCUUCUCGUCGUAAUAUGGAUAUCCUUCCAACCGCACCACUUUGUCUACGCCGCCGAACUCCCCAUCGCUCCGGAAGACGUCCAGCAUAGCCAGUUUGGCCAAUCGAUACCACCCGCGCCGCCAGAUGGAUCGCUGAUAAGUGCGGAAGAUAGCAUGGGGGAAGAAGGGGUUGAUGGAGGAUAUGCGCCGGAUUUUGCCUACUUUGAUCGGAGCUUGAUAGGGAGACAACAGCAGGAGGUGGAGAAGCUGACGAACAGUCAGGCGAUGGAGAUGGAUGCGAAUCCGGGGACGACAAAAUACUUUGUGCUGGAGAAGAGCCAGCUGCGGGCAAGAACAUUACUAGCUGACUCGCUGCAUGCCCGCGGCUUGGAAAACGCGUCGGAGAGCGGAACAGGGCAGAUAGAGGUUAUUAGGGAAGAGGGGGAAGCUGUAGAGGAUGACAUGAGAGAUGAGCUCAAGAGGCGACAGGCAGGGAACACAGUCUGGAUCUCCGCGAAUACAUGUCGCCAACCCACACCGGAUGUUGCUCUCAUCACUGGGGACGUGCCGCAGCUCACUCUAUAUGUCUCGACAAAGAACACGAAGCCAGGACCAGAUUCUACCAACGACCUCCUCACGGACCCUAUUUCAUUCAAAGAAGGAUUCGCAAACUUUACACUGCAGACUACCUCCGACGUAUUCAUUGGCGUCUCCGCCCCCUCGUUACCGCAAGGUUGGAAUGGGAGUUGGCAUUUCGAAGUAGCUGCCAGUGUCGAUGGCUACUACCACAGCUAUGACAACGCCACGCAGUUCAUAUACCUUGUCGAUACGGACAGCGAAUCUGCCUUAUUCAUCACCUACAAUCUCAGCGCCUCUAACAGCUCUGACCAGUUUGACAAAUGGUCACAGUCGCCUCUGCCCUUUACCCUGUAUGCCUUUCCCGACGGCACCUGGAGUCCUAUGAUGGGUUUGGAAAAUUCGUUUUGUGGUCUAAAAGAGCAGUUCAAUGCGACGAACAAUAUCACGGUCAGCAGCUCGGUGACAAAAAAGUUUGGGCUCAACUACCCGAAAGGCCAAUUUCAUGUCCAGAAUCUGAAGAGUAAUACUGGAUACACAGGCUUCUUGGCCGUGAAUGGGAGUGCACAAGAUCUCCAACUACCCGAUGGAGGUACCGUAAGAGGCGGCGGCCAGGUGUUCCAGAAAUUCACCUGGACUACGAAGGCCGAUGACUCCUGCCAAGUAAUCUACGAUCUCAACUUCUGCGAGGACGUGGCUUACGCGGUGCCUUCCUCCCCACAAUUCAAACCCAACAUGACCCGCCUCAAGGAUCUCUACGACCAACAAGCGAAUUCCUACUACCAAAACUUCUCCAACUCACUCGACCAAGUGGCCUGCAACACCACUUCCACGGCACAAUACUCGCUCGCAAGAAACUGCACCGACUGCCGCAACGACUAUAAAGCCUGGCUCUGCUCCGUCCUCAUCCCGCGGUGCGAAGACUGGAACGCGACGCAGGACUGGCUCCAUGAUCGCAACAUUAAUACGCCCUUUGCGGACGGAAGCAUACCCUACGCUUCAAAUAUGAGCCUUGAAUUCAACAACACCCGGCGUAACCGCUUCGCGUAUAACCAGUCGCGGAAUCCGAUGAUCGACCUUGAGAUUAAGCCAGGCCCGUACAAGGAGCUGCUGCCCUGCGAGGACCUGUGCUUCGACAUCGUGCGCAGCUGUCCUGCGCAAUUAGGCUUCUCGUGCCCGAAUGGUCUGGCAGGACAGAUGAGCUACGGGAGGAAGGAUCCGUGGAACCUAACGUGCAACUUCCCGGGCGCCAUUGUGAAGCUGAAUCAAGUUAUGGGCGGGGCGGGCGCUUUGACAGCGCGAGUCGCGCCGGUCGUGUCGGUUGUGACAUUGGCUGGCUUGAUGCUUUGGCUAUAGAAGAAAGAGGCAAAGGUGUAUGGUGUAUGGUGUAUGGUGUAUAGAUGGAUUGGUUUACGCUUGACGUUGUUAUGGUUGCAUGGGUUGGCGUACAGGGGUUCUGAGUUGGCUUGAGAUGUAUAUACCCAAAUGACGUUGGCUUGUAUGCCAGAGACUUUGCUCUGAUCCACCCAUGUUGCCCAUUCACAUGUG